AAAUAAAAUAAAAUAAUAAAUAAAUAAAAACAACCUAAGUGAAAUCAUCCUCUGCCAUUUCUUCCUGCGAAAUUGAUUUUGCUGAUCACACAUAAAUCAGAAUCCUCAGCCAACUCAGAAAAACCAGACAGUGAUUGAAAGAAUUAAGGAGAUGUUUUCUAUACCGAGUUUGUAUGAACUCGGUGCAUGUUCAGAUAAUUCCUACGAUAAUAAUAAUAAUAAUAUUCUACAAGGGGUUUUCACUACGCCGCCGCCAUUAACAGAAACUCAUGAAACCCUCAGCCCAGGAUCCACGGCGGAAGCUAAAGCAGCCGCCGCCAGCAACAGCCACAAGGAGGCGGAGAGACGGCGGCGGAAGAGAAUCAACGGCCACAUCGCCACCCUCAAAUCCAUUCUUCCCAAUACUAUCAAGACGGACAAGGCUUCUUUACUAGGAGAAGCAGUGAAGCGGGUGAAGGAGCUAAACAAGAAAACGGCGGAGCUAACAAACGGCGGCGAGGAGGAAGAUAACGGCGUUAAAACGGCGGGGGCGGCGGGGAUGCUGAUGAUACCGAGUGAAACGGACGAGUUGAAAGUGAGCCGGUGCGAGAAGACGGGUCUGACGAAGGCGAGUUUGUCAUGCGACGACAGGGCGGAGAUAAUAACGGAGAUGAUAACGGCGGUGAAGGCGGCGGAGGGGAAGGUGGUGAGGGCGGAGAUGUCAACGGUGGGCGGGAGAACAAAGAGCAUACUGUGGGUGAAAUUCGGAGGCGAAAACGACGUCGGAUUGGGGACACUUAGGAGAGGGCUGAGAAUGGUCAUGGACAAGUCAACUUUGUUGGCGGGUUCGGGUCAGGGUUUGCCGGGGAACAACAAACGGGCACGUUACUAUCACCUGUGAGUGAUUUAUAAUUUUUUUGUUUUUACGGUUCGGGUUUUUUUGUUGGGUGGGCCCCGCCCGGUAGUGAUGAUCCAUAUUUUCUUUUUUAGCAAGGAGUUGUUGUUAUCAUGGGUUUCAAGACAAGAACAUGGUUCGCUAUCAUGCUUGUUUUUUUUUUCUUUUCAAAAUGGUAAUUGAACAAUAUAUAGUACUUGUUUGGUGGUGAAAGGUAAAUCAAGUAAUUAUUGAGAUUUUGAAUUUUUGUUA